AUGCCUAUGGCAUAUGCAAUUAACUCUCUUGUUGGAGAUGGAGAUGAUCCAUUUACACCUGCAUACAUUGGAGCAUCCGUGUUUUUCGUAUAUCUAGACUUUAUUUUGAAGCUUCGAAUUUUUCAGAAACUUGGAACGGCGAUUUUCAUUAUCAUUGAGAUAAUGUCUAAUGUAGACCGUUUUGUUCUGGCAAUGGCAAUAAUGGUAUUCGCUAUGCGCAUACCUACUG